UGCAUGGACGAGGAGGUUUUCAUUUGCUUAUUAAUCCACAAAAAAAUUAUUGUUGAUUCAGUUGAUCUUUUUAUUUAUGCAGGUUAUUAAUGAACACGCAGUUCCUACCUGAAGGCUAUAAACGUCCAAACAAGUGUUGGGUUUCAUCUGGGCUGCAGCCCGACGCUCCGCCUGCUCUCACCGAGGAUAUUGACUUUCCCGCAAGUUAAAGAAUUUAAAUGUGGAGCGAGACCGACGCUGUUUGCACGCUGGAGGCAAACCAGCAGAAAUCCACGUGUGGGCGGAAGGUCGGAGCUGGAACUAUACUAUCUACACUUUAUCUGUUUAAAGGUUUUAUAUGAAGAGAACCGAGUCUGUCAUCCAUCAGAUUUCAUCCGAGUCUCAGAAAUGGUGCGUAAAGAUCCGUGCGUAAAGGUCUCCACUCUGUCAGAGCGCGAAGAGAUUGGUUUGCUUCUACUUUAAGAAGUUUGUUUGCAAACGAGACACAAAGAGGAUUUGAUGGAGGAGGUUUGGUGACAGCGACGGACUUUAGAUUUGGAUUAAGGACCCGGGAGCGCAGAUCUGGUACCUGCGCUGGAGCGCUGACAGUUUCGGAUCUAAUUGUUCUGAGAUUGUUUUUCCAUGUGCAACAAGGAGCUCAAGAGCCAACUGAAGCAGAGAAUAACUUUUUUUCUGUGGGCUUCCAGCUCCAAACAAGUGGAGUAUUCAUGAAGCAGUAUUUGAACUAUUGCAAGAUGAGGCUGAGAACAUCGAGGCUGGGUUGUCUGUUUCUUCAGUUCACUGCGCUUUGCUUUUACGCACAGAACUCUGUGCAGUCCCCUCCUAACUUCAAGCAACAUGUCACCGAGCAGAGCCGGCUGUCGGACCGGAUGAGCCGCAGACUGACCCGAACCUACCAGCUGUACAGCAGAACCAGCGGGAAACACGUCCAGGUUCUGGCCAACAAGAGGGUAAACGCCAACGGGGACGACGGGGCGGUGCACGCCAAACUGGAAGUGGAGACGGAUUCAUUUGGGAGUCGUGUUCGCAUUAAAGGGGUGAAGACAGGAUACUACAUAUGUAUGAACAAGAGGGGGAAGCUGAUUGGAAAGAGAAAAGGACGAGGCAAAGAUUGCAUCUUCACAGAGAUCGUGCUGGAAAACAACUACACAGCGCUGCAGAAUGCCAAGUACGAGGGCUGGUUCAUGGCCUUCACCCGCAAAGGCCGCCCACGCAAGGCCUCAAAAACCAAGCAGCACCAGAGAGAGGCCCACUUCAUGAAGCGCCUGCCGAGGGGACACCUGCUGAGCGAGAGGAGACCGUUCGAUGCCCUUCCUCUGCCCGUCCCCGUGCAGCCCUUCAGCAAGCGGACUAGACAUUCCCAGCAGCAGCGCCCUGGGGGACGCUGACGGCUGAAACCAGAACCACUGCAGGAUGUGCUCGGAGAGACAUGGCCGUGCACUUUUCCUCAUUUGUGGAUUUACUCUGUAACUUUUGUUUUUGGUGCUGGACUUCAUGUAUCUAACCCGUUAGUUAUUACAGACCGUAGGAAGGGUUUCUGUUACUAAAUCAGGGCUUUUGAGGUACUGGAGAUCUGGACCGCGAUGUCAUGUAUGAACUGUUUAGACGUUAGCCAGCUCAGCAGCAACGGAUGUUUAAAGGAGAACUGAUGAAGCUGGAUGCGGCAGCUAUGUGUGGUUACAGCCUGAGGCUCGCGUCACUAACUCACCUGCCUGCCUCCCAGAGGCAGCGCGGGACAUGUAACCUGCUUGUUUUUCUACAUUUAUGGAUAUAUUUUUACUGUAAAAAUGUAAAAUACAUCAAAUGAUGGACGUA